AUGCCAUCGAAUACUCUUGCCUGCAUUUGUAAUGUCAUAAACCCCUGUCGCAAUGAGGUGUCCACCACCUUUGUGGUCGUACAAUGGCUAAUAACAGGAUUCGCUGCACUUGCUCAAGUCGUGCGUCCCGUUCUCUUGCUCUUUGGCAUACGCGGUGAGGUGUCGCUUAAUCAGGAGGAUUACAACAAGACCUGGAUCUACAUGCCAAAUGGCGAGGGCAAGCCCGAGGUGGCCUAUCUUGUGGAACCGCCGCCAGAGAAUCGCAUUAGUUUGCCGCAGCUUAUACAAUUCGAAUAUUAUGGCAGUGCCGCUCCCGAUGAUAUGCGGAGUUCCAGUUUUUGGAUUGAUGGGAACGAUUUUGAGCGUGUGCGUCACAAACGCGACACUUGGCAAGAAAUGGCCGAGAAUUUUGAUCCCAAUUUGGACACCAAAAUUCUUGUGCACGGCUGGAAAUCAAGCACCAUGAGCAACUCCAUUCAAUCUAUACGGGGAGCGUAUUUGAAGCGGGGUCAAGUAAAUGUAUUUGCCAUUAAUUGGAGGGAUCAGGCUGAUAAUAUAUAUUAUCUAACGCCGGCACGUUAUACCGUUCAAGUUGGUCGAGCGGUGGCUAAACUGAUCGAUCUGCUGGUGGAAGAGAAGGAUGCGGAUCCGAAUCGAAUUCAUCUAAUUGGACACAGUCUAGGUGCGCAUAUUAUGGGCUAUGCCGGCUCCUAUACCAAGUAUCGUGUCAGUCGAGUUACGGGCCUUGAUCCAGCGCGUCCCGCCUUCGAGGAUUGUAUUGGGCCAGAGAAUCACUUGGACGCUACGGAUGCCAAUUUUGUGGAUGUCAUACACAGUUGUGCGGGAUAUCUUGGCUUUCGCAAACCCAUUGGCAUGGUGGACUUUUAUCCCAAUGGCGGCGGUCCACCUCAGCCGGGAUGCACUGAGCUCUCCAGAUUUUUAGUAACCGGAUGCAGUCAUGGUCGUUCGUAUGAAUACUAUGCGGAGUCUAUAAAUAGUGAGAAGGGAUUCUAUGGCGUACCUUGCACCACAUUGGACCAGCUGAAGGGUAAAAACUGCACAGGUGGUAAGAUAUUAAUGGGUGAUCAGGUGCCCAGGGACGCUAAAGGUAUCUACCUGGUAAAAACAGCUAAUAAGCCCAGUUACGCACUUGGUAUGGACGACAUCUGACUCAAGGAUAACAAAAUUAAAUAUACAUUUCACAAUGUUUAAUUAAUAUUUUAUUUAAAUGUUUAACUUAAA